AUGUGUGCAUCAACGAACUGCCAAUCUCUCAUCGAGUCAAUUUUCUCGCUGAGCCCACCCGACUGCACCCUGACAGUGCCUACGAGCGGUCUGGAGGUGAAUGUGUACGAGCUGGCCAGCGGUUUCUCCAGCGUAUGCUCGUCUCUAUCGAGCGACUCAUCGGCCAGCACCAGCACAGCUUCGACGACGUCGACUGCAGCCAGCACCACGACGGAGACAACGUCGGCUGUUACGUCGACGGCCACUUCGACCACCAGCGACACCGCUACUACCUCCACGACGUCCUCGUCGAACUCGACGGAGGUGGCUACCGGUACGGCCAGCUCGGACUCAAUCGUUACCUCGGCUACGGCUUGCUAA